AUGGCUGAUAUCAAUGAUCGAUCCCGUAUUUCGGUGUCUCCCUUUGGAGACCCAAUCCCUGUGAGCACUGCAGAAUUUCGAGCAGUAACUCAUGAGCCGUCAAUGCCUGACGACGACAUCAUAAUGUCAGAUCCGUCGGCGAUCUUUAUCGCUUCACCCAUGCAGGAGGCGGGCCACGCCUCCUCCCACUCAACCGUCAUCGACCUUACUUGUGAUGACGAAACUAACCAAGCGAUUGAAGAAUUGACCUUUGACAUGGCACACGUUGGGGCUCCCUCCGCAAUCACCACAGGUGACGACUCAGCAAGUGACCGGUCUUCUUCCAGCAACUUGUCUUUCGUCAGCAACCAGUCCGUCAGCUGCAGCCCAACGCCAGUGACAGCUCAGCAAGAGAUAAACAUUGGGGGCAUUGUGUUCAAACCCGGAAUAUCUCUAGAGCUUGAGGAUGGCUCUUUCAUGCGUGUCGAAGACGUGAUUCCUCAACCUCACGACCUGCGUUUUUUCGGCCGCCGUCUUUACCGCACCACGCACCCCGAAGCCAAGACUUACCUGCCAAAACUUAACGACGAAUUGGUCUGGCUCACUCAGAACACCGACCACAUCAGCAUCAGAAAGGUUAGGCGGAUUGUCCCCAUUCGCUUCACCAACCAUCGGACGGACUUCAAUAACUUGACACCGGGAGAAGACCUGACUUGCCGACUGAAGCUCACCAUUCGCCAGAACGGAGUCGUUAUUAUCCCUGGGCAUGCACCUUUGAGUGCAGAGCAGUGUGCAAUUGAAUGGUUGACGUUCGCCGAAUCAGACCCAGGACUUGGCAAGCCCGCGAGCCAGCUGCGUGCCGAAUGGAGAGGUCAAACUGUGCCUUUCGGCGAGGCUAGCGCGUCUUCUAUGGCUAGGGAUCGACAGGGUGUGAUUGAUUUGACUGUCCCUGACCGUGCAUACACCUUUGGAGACGCGUACUGUGGUGCUGGUGGUGUGUCUUGCGGGGCUAAGCAGGCCGGCGUGAAGCUUCAAUGGGCCGUUGAUAUCGACAAGCAUGCGCUGGAAACCUAUCAGCUGAAUUUUGACGACGUAGAGGUUGAGCAUUCCGAUUUUUUCAGUUUUCUUACCAAUGAUCCGAAAUUCCUGCGAGUGGAUAUUGCACACUGCUCACCCCCCUGCCAAACCUGGUCUCCUGCUCAUACUGUGCCCUGUCCUCGUGAUGACGCCAACUCCGCAUGCAUAUUUUCGGCUGGAAGUCUGAUUCGGGAGUCACGUCCCAGGGUGUUGACUAUGGAGGAAACCAUGGGGUUACCCCAAAGAUUUCCUGUUAUCUUCAACAGAGUCGUACUGGAUAUGGUUGAAUUUGGAUAUUCUGUUCGCUGGUCGGUACUGGGGUGUGACGAAUAUGGUGUGCCUCAGGAGCGGAAGAGACUGCUUCUCAUUGCUUCGGGACCCGGUGAAGUUCUGCCACAUUAUGCCCAACCCACUCACGGCAUGCCCGGUCACGGUUUACUUCCCCGUGAGACCAUUUCAUCCACCAUUGACAACAUUCCUCCUGAUGCCGACGACCACAACGUUGAAGGGGCACUCGCGCGGUGGGCUCUGAGCCACCGACCGUCUUUUGAUCGCCACUCUCUAGCCAGGACCAUUACUUGCGGGGGCGGCGAAUACAACUACCACCCCUCGGGCACCCGGCCCUAUACCAGUCGUGAGAUGGCCCUCUUGCAGACAUUCUCCCUGGACUUCCAGUUUACUGGGAGAUUCAUGCGCAAGCAGAUUGGGAAUGCCGUGCCCCCGCUCUUCGCCAAAGCUAUCUAUGGAGAGAUCGUCAAGUCUCUGCGUGAGACUGAUACAGAGGAGGCCAUGGGAAUCUUCCACUGA